GAGUGGGAGCGCCGAGAGCAGAGGGGUGGCAAUAUGGCUGCCGGUCAGUCGGUAUCGAACCGCCGUGCCGUCACGAGAGUAACGCGGACCGCGUGCGGUCACGGCACAUCUCCGUGACCGACGAAGAGAAUUCUAAGAGAGAAAGAGAGAGGAGAGAGAGAGAGAGGAAAAAAAUAAAAGAAAGAGUGUUAAAGAAAGAAAAAGAAGAGAAUAGGGAUAUCUAAAAAGAUAAAGAUAUAUCAAAGAGGGCGACGUCUCUACCGAUGGCACUGUUCUCCCGGUGCGACGUACCCCUCGAGGUCGACGAUACCAACGUCUAUUACAAUACUUAUCAUCCUCAUCCUAAAACAAUUAACGACGUAAAUCCUCAUAGACUUGGAUGGUCUCAUUGACCGGCUUCUAAAAUCGCUAAGGAAUAAAGGCUUAGGAUUGACAGUAUCCAAAAUAUUGUUCACUUGUAAACGGUAGAAAAAUAUUUGAUAAAAAUGGAUACCGGAACUAGCCAAGGUAAAAAGCAAAUCCGUGUGGGUUUCUAUGACAUAGAAGGAACUAUCGGUAAAGGAAACUUUGCCGUAGUAAAAUUAGCUAGGCAUAGAAUCACCAAAACAGAGGUUGCUAUCAAGAUAAUCGAUAAGACUCAACUAGAUCCUACUAAUCUAGAAAAAGUUUAUAGGGAAGUUGAAAUUAUGAAACAACUAGAACAUCCCCAUAUUGUUAAAUUAUAUCAAGUUAUGGAAACUAAAAAUAUGAUAUAUAUGGUAUGCGAAUACGCAAGUAAAGGAGAAAUAUUCGAUUACAUAGCACAAUAUGGAAGGAUGGGUGAACCAAGAGCACGGGCAACGUUUGCCCAAAUCCUAUCUGCAGUUGAAUAUUGCCAUGCGACAGGCAUAGCUCACAGAGAUUUGAAGGCUGAAAAUUUGCUCCUAGAUGCUCAAAUGAACGUUAAGAUUGCUGAUUUUGGUUUUAGCAAUAGAUUCGCACCUGGAGAGCGAUUGAGUACAUGGUGUGGAAGCCCUCCUUACGCUGCUCCAGAAGUAUUUAGAGGAAAACAUUACGCUGGUCCAGAAAUUGAUGUUUGGAGCUUAGGCGUCGUGUUAUAUGUAUUAGUAUGUGGUGCACUGCCCUUUGAUGGAUCUACACUUCAAUCUUUAAGAGAUCGCGUGUUAAGCGGUAGAUUUCGUAUUCCAUAUUUCAUGAGUACAGAUUGCGAGAGUCUCAUACGUAAAAUGUUAGUUUUGGAACCUGCAAAACGAUACACAAUCCCACAAAUAAAAAGGCAUCGUUGGAUGGCAGGUUCAGCAGAUACUGUUUGUUCAGCUAUUAUAACUAGAUCGUCACCAUCUAUUCAAGAACCUAACGAACAAAUACUUCGACUUAUGCAUAGUUUAGGCAUAGAUAUUACACGAACUAGACAGUCAUUAGGAAACAGCAGUUAUGAUCAUCACGCUGCUAUUUAUUUCUUAUUACUUGAAAGAUUGAAGCAACAUCGUGUCACCAGUACGACGAAUAAUAUUUGCUGGCCCACGGUUGCUAGAUCAAAAGAAGAUAAAUUCAAGUCAAGAACAAGAGACGAGGUAAGCAGGGGAGGUAAACGCUUCAGUUCAACGAGCUCUUCGACCGAUGAAGGUUGUUGCAGUGCAGAAGGUGAUUUAGAAGAAGGACCAAGUGGCGACGAGUUGAGGGAAGCGCAAAUUAAAUUAGAAGAGCACAGGCUUGGCCUAGACCAUGACAUCAGCCAACGAAUCGACAGUCAAAUUGUCAAUCGAAGAUUAAGCGAUUACCAGCAACAUUUUGAUAGUCCACUUAUGGAUCCUAUUGAUCCUCCUAGUCGAACGACAUUAUUUCUUGCUGGUGGUAGCGGCAGCUCAUCGUCCGAUCUUUUCGAAUCUAGUUUUGAUUCCGGUUGCCCACCAGAUUAUACAGGAGCAAACUGUUUUACUAGUAGUUUACCUUCUUGUACUCCGCCACCACCUAAAAGUCCCUCUCCAAUAACUGGUAGAAUAUCCAGAGCCUCCCAAGGACGCAGAGCAUCAGAUGGUGGACCAAGAUUACUUUUCUGUCAACAAGGAGGCGGUGAUAGACCUACUACAAGGCAACGAAGUAUUCAAGAUUCUGGUAAAGCUAAAGGACAUUUAGAUCUUGUUCAUUUGAGACCACCAUCGACACCACCUCAAAAUCAACCACAAUUUAAAAUGCGUGGUGAUUCUGGUACCCAGUUACAACUUUUGGUACAACAACGUAUGUUACAACAGAAACGAAAUUUAUAUCACAGACACCGUGCAGGUGGAAGCCCAACACCAAUUCCAGUAUCGACGAAUGCAUCUAGUAGACGUAUCGAUCAUGUUUCGCGACAAGAUAGUUAUAAAAUGGCCCAGAGAACGCAAAUAUUACCACCUUUAUCUCAGGGACACGUCGAUCCUGAUUUUAAUAGAGAUAGAAAACGAGAAGAAGAAAGGUGGAAGAGUUUACCAUCUCGAUUAGCUGCAGAUUGUCAGUUAGCUGAACGGACGCUGUUAUGGAGUCAACAGGUCGGACUAGGUGGAGGUGCAUCAUAUUUGCCACCUGGCAGUGUUGGGGGCUUCUUAUGGCCCACUACAAACAACACGCAUUCAACCAUAUUUGAAAAUGCUGGGGAUCCAAUGGAAUGAAUAUCUGUCCUGUUGUAUUUAGUAAUAAUUUAGAGAUUUUGAGUCUGUAAAGCUAGAUUAAGAUACACAACCAUAAUAAACAAUAUUGCCUUCCUAGUCUUUCCACAUAAUGUUAUAUUAGUCUUAUUAUGUACAUUUGAUCUUAGAUUUGGAAGCAUGACGAGAGGGGUUUACUUGACGUAUACUUAUUAAAUAUUUCUUUAUAAUUAACGCUUUUACGUUAUGAAAAAAAAAAAAAUCAAUAUUGUAUUCUAGCUUACACACCCAGAAUCUCUAACCACGUGGAUAGUACAUGUUACUGGAUGUCAAAAAUUUAUAUGAUUUUUAUAAGCUCUCUUUGGUAGAAUACGAAUAUAUGGUCAUAAUAUUAUAUGACAAUGGAAAUUAUCCUGUACGCGCAGCAUACAUACAUCGUCGUUAUCAUAUCCAAUGGUACAGGGUUAAUCUUUUUAUGCAAAAUGCAAUAAUUAUUAUUAAGAUGUUAAAAUUGGUUUUGAAAAAAAGAAAAAAAAAAGAAAACAAACAAAAAAAAAAGAAAAACUAAAUCUUUGUCAUACAGUAGCAUGUGCGCCUGCCUUAUUACAUGACUGAUACGAUCAGUCAAAUAUCUAAUUAUAUCAUAGACUGAUAAUUAACAACAACAAACACCAAUCAAAUUGAUUUUGGAAAAUAAGCGGCAUAUGUCUUCUUUCGUAAAUGUUACUUCCCUCUGAUCCUUUAGGUUGAUUAUUUUAUCGGGCUAUAUCUGGCAGAAUAAUUCUAUCGCUUAUUAUUUUUAGAAAUAUAUUAUUAUUAUUUAUAUAUUACACGUAUAAUGAUAAUAAUAAUAACUCACACUGAAUUUCUACACCAUAUAAAUGUUACCAACGAUAUUCUCUACUGCCACUGAAUGAGAAGAAGAACGCAAGUGUUCAAAAACAAUGACGAGGUAUUAUAAACAUGUUUUUAGCUGUAAGCUGUAAGAAUAAAUGAAAAUUGUUACAUCGAUAAUAUGAGGGAAAACAUAUGCCACUUUAAAUUGUAUCUUCUUUUUCGACUAAUAAAAGAGAGUGGAAAUGGCAAUAGAACUAAUAAAACUAAUUGUUCGUUAAAAUGUUGCGUUGUUGUUGUUUUAAUUAGAAGAAAUAUUUUAAUAAUAUUGAAUGUACAAAAAUUAGAAUAUGUUUAAAUCCUUCCACUCUUCUUUAAUGGUGCAUAACGUUAACGUUAGGAAAUAAUCAUAAUAAAUAAAAGAAAACAAUAAUAUUAGUCGAUAAUAAAUUGUAGUUGGCAUGUAAGAAUACGAAAGAAGUGCUGCAUUCUGUAAAAAUGUUUAACACAGAAGUCAUUAAAAUAUAAAUAUAUAUAUAUAUAUAAAAUAUAAAUAUAUAUAUAUAUAUAUAUAUAUAUANUAUAUAUAUAUAUAUAUAUAUAUAUGCUUUACAAAUUUAUGCAUGAAAUGUUAUCAAAGCAAUCAGAUUUGAGAUGCUUCGUCUUAGUAGAAGAAAUAAAAAAAAGAAAAGUAACUCCAAUAAAAUAAAUAUAAAUACGAUAUUAGAAAGAUGGAUAGAACACCACUGAACAAUAAAGAAAAGAUCAAUUUAAUGGCAAUCAUUAUUAAAUUCAAUAUAUCUUAAUUGUCGCAACUGUUUUUCAUAAGAAGAAGAAGAAAAAAAAGAAGAAUAAAUGCAUAUAUACUUUUUAUAUGUUUCCAUAUUUUAAACAAUAGGUGUCAAUUUUACUCCACAGAUAUAAAAUCUCCAAAGCUCAAUAACAUCAAAAACAUUAUCAUAUGUUUUACAAUAAUAAAUAAUAACGAACGAAUGAACACCUAAAGAACAGAGAGUACAUUUUUUUAAAAACAAAGCUUUUGUAUUUUUACAUAGAAUUUUUUAGCUUUGCACGAUCGUCUAUUAUAUCUGUUAGGAAAGGAUGAUGAUGAUGAUACAUAAGUAAAACGAAAUGGUAUCGAGAGAAAAAGAAAAAAACAAUGUUUUUACAUUUUGAUAUGAAUACAGCACUUUUUAAUGCAAAUAAUACGUAAUCUUAGAGUUUAGUAGUUUUUAGUCAGUAGAGUGCAAUACCGGCCGCGCACAACUGACAACAACGAUUUUACUAUUCGAAUUUUCUGUCAUUUUUUACCCAAAGGAAGAUGAUUAAAAAAAAAAAAAAAAACAAGAAGGAAGA